CCCCCAGUCACACCAUCUUGCACCCAAAGGACCCGAAAGUCUCCCCUGGGCAGGUAAGCAGCUCUGGAUGGCCCCCAGCGGUGGUACGGGGGCCUGGACAGCCAUUUACCAACUUGUCCUGCAGCUGCUUAGUGGGGACUCAUGUCCCCACCCCACCCCACCCCAGCAGUGCAGAAUACCCCAGCUCCAUCAAGCCUUGCCCACUGCUCUCACCCCUCCUGGGGCUCAGACACACCUGGAGGUCAGUGACACCAGAAAGUGGAGGCUGAAGGCGUGGGGGGCUGUUCCUCAAGUCCUUCUGACCGGACUCAAAACUGCCCAGCAGACACCUGGGGGAGGAGCUCACUCUGCUUGGGUGUUGGCUCCACCCCAGUUCCAGGCACAAAAGAAGCGAGGUGCACUGUCAUCAGACACUCGCUCUUCUACAGGUGCUGGGGUCCCUCCUCAGCCACGCAGGCCACUUCCAAAACAGGGGUGCCCCAGGGAGACACCGGCGGCCAGGAUGUCCACGCAGAGUGUCCACGCCUUGAAGCUGGCCACCCUGUGGCUCCCGCCUGAGGUCCCCGACUCCCCAAGCCGCCAGCGUCGCCACACACUCCCGGCGAGCGAGUUCCGCUGCCUCUCCCCAGAGGAUGCCACCAGCGUGUUUGAGGUCGAGCGGGAAGCCUUCAUUUCCGUCUCUGGCCUCUGCCCCCUGUACCUGGAUGAGAUCCGGCACUUCCUGAUUAUGUGUCCAGAGCUAUCCCUGGGCUGGUUCGAGGAGGGCCGCCUUGUUGCCUUCAUCAUUGGCUCACUGUGGGACGAGGAGAGACUCACUCAGGAGUCGCUGACGCUGCACAGGCCCGGGGGCCGCACAGCCCACCUGCACGUGCUGGCUGUGAACCACAACUUCCGGCAGCAGGGCAAGGGCUCCGUCCUGCUGUGGCGCUACCUGCAGCACCUGGGCAGGCAGCCGGCCUUGUGCCGCGUCGUGCUCAUGUGUGAGGACCCACUGGUGCCCUUCUACGAGAAGUUUGGCUUCCGGGCCGUGGGCCCCUGCGCAGUCACCGUGGUCUCCCUGGCCUUCAUCGAGCUCCAGUGCAGCCUGCGUGGCCACGCCUUCCUGCGCAGGAACAGCGGCUGCUGAGCCCGCCCACCUGGCCCCACCCCAGCUCGGCGGAGAUACAGGCAGGGUGGGAGGGCAGGUGAAUGGAGAGAAUGGGUGGCUCCUCCCCAGCCUGGGCUGCCAUCCACAGCAAGGGUGGCACGUCCUCCAGUCUGUCCUCACAAGCCCCUCGGACACGGCUUGGUUUGGUAAACGGGACGGGGAGGAACCACAGUUGACUGUCAGGAACUACUGGCCAGUGUUCCGGGCAGGAGGGCCGGAAGGGGCUCAGCACCAGGGCAGCAUCCCUUACUCUCCCAGCCUCAUGGCUACCCUCCCUCUCCUUGCCCCCUGGAGUUGGCGGGGAGGCGGGGGGGGGGGGAUGGAGGCCAGUGACCUGCAUAAUGGUGUCAGUCUUGGGGCAGGGAGGUGCUGGUCUACUUCUCCACCUUUCCCCUGGAUGUCUUGUGUCCCAUCCAGCUCCCCAGACCAGCCCUCCUCUACCAGAUGACUCCCCCCCGACCCCUUUGCCCAUGCUAAUUAAAGUGGUUAUGCCCCCUUGGCCUCCCUAGUGUGGUGGGAAGGGCUGUAGGGGAGGCGUGGUAUCGGGAAGCAAAGUGUGGCCAUCCCCCUGCUGAAGUGAAGGAAGAGGUGCUGCCCUUUCUCCCUGGCACCAUCUUGGCCAGUGCAGGCACCCCCCACCCAGCCAGCCCCCUCACCGCCCCUGAGCAAAGGCAGGGCAAGCUGGGGGUAGGGACCCCAGGAGUCAAAGGAUUCAUUCCAGCCCUCUCAAGGGACCCUCUGAGGUUCUGUGUGUGACGUUGGACCUUGAUUCAGUUUCUGGUCCAACCAAAUCCCUCGAAGUCCCUCACUGUCCCCUUUGAGCCAAGCUGCUGCCUCUGACCCUCCUCUGACUUCCAUCCUACCCCAGGCCUCCAAAUCAACACGAUACUCUACCUUUUCCAUAAAGAACAUUUAAUACUUUGAGACAUCAUCCAUAUAAAGUUAGCGUUACUUUUUAAAAAUCAUGACCAUGAUAUAAACCAGUAAAAAAAAAAAAAAUUCAGACCUGAUUGAGCCUUGAGCAACCCCCAGGG